AUGGAUAUCAUCGAACUUAUUCACAGCGAAAAGUCCAGUGCAAAACUACGCUAUCCAUGCGAUUGGCCAGGUUGCGAGAAAUCCUUUGCUCGCCCAUCUGAUAUUGUCCGUCAUCACCGCACCCAUACAAAUGACAGGCCCUUUGCUUGCAACGUCCAGUCUUGCGAAAAGCGGUUUAUACAGAGAUCUGCCCUUACUGUUCAUCUACGGACACACUCCGGGGAACGCCCGCACGCGUGUGAAUUCGAUGGCUGCGAGAAACGGUUUAGUGACAGCAGUGCCUUGGCACGCGAAUACACACUGGUAACCGCCCGUACAAGUGUCAAACAAAACAUUGCGAAAAAAGGUUACUACACCAAAAAGCGUUUCUUGGCCCGUCAUAUCAGAACCACACAUGGACCCAAAGGAUACUUUCAGGCCCUGCCAGAAAACUACAACAAAGGCCAAUUAAUUAAGCGCAAGCCUUCAAUUAUUCCAGAGGAACAGCCUCAAUAUCAAUACCUUCUAUCGCCUCCUUCUAGUCAAUGCAGCACUACGAUCUCUCCUCAAAACUCGCCUACUUUUUCGCUAUCUCCCUUGUCUCAGCCAUCUCAUGGGCCGCCUUCCUCCGAGUCACUAUCUCAAUACCUUUUUCAUUAA